AUGAUGAGGAGCGAUAUUGAGGUGCCUAAAGGCAUACAAGAUUACGUGUUAACAAAAGUGAAGAAGUUGGUUGUACCAGGCAAUACUGCUGCUGCAUGCCAUAGGAUGAGCUACCCUUACGUCGUGUACUACUGUCACCACCAACAAGACAUUGGUCAUUACGACGUAACUUUGGUUAGCCCAACCUCUGGUAACACCAUCCAAACCACCGCCGUAUGUCACUAUGACACAUACGCGUGGAAGCCUAAUGUCCCAGCCCUUCAAUACCUUGGGAUCCGCCCUGGUGAUGCCCCGGUCUGUCAUUUCUCUGCCAUAAAUGAUAUGUUUUGGAGCCUCAAAGCUAACUCCAAAUCUCUCGACAUGGUUGUGUAA